UGGAGACUCUGUCUCCCGGGUGCUCUUCGCUGAAAAGUCAGCGCGUGGGGCGGGGGUCCCGUGUUGGGCGACCCCUUUCUCGGGGUUCUGGGAGAACCAGCCUGUGAGGGAUCCAGUACUGGGGGAUCCACAUAAACAGACCUAGGAACAUCCAGCUCCUGGGAGUCUCAUCCAGGGAGCUUCGGGGAGCCGGCAGUCGCCGGGAGAUCCCGCGAGCUGCCCCGAGGGGUCGGGGCGACCCCUCUCUGAGGUUCUGGAGCCCACCAGUCCCCGCAUUUAGCCGGAGCCCAGCGGCCAUGGUGACGGAGCAGGAGGUGGAGGCGGUGGGGCAGACGCUGGUGGACCCCGGGAAGCCCCUGCAGGCGCGCUUCCGGGCGCUGUUCACGCUGCGCGGCCUCGGGGGCCCAGCUGCCAUCGCCUGGAUCAGCCGGGCCUUCGGUGAUGACUCAGCCCUGCUGAAGCACGAGCUGGCCUACUGCCUGGGCCAGAUGCAGGACCCGCGGGCCAUCCCCGUGCUGCUGGACGUGCUGCGCGACACCCGCCAGGAGCCCAUGGUGCGCCACGAGGCAGGGGAGGCCCUGGGGGCCAUCGGGAACCCGGAGGUGCUGGAGAUCCUGAAGCAGUACUCCACCGACCCUGUCAUCGAGGUGGCUGAGACGUGCCAGCUGGCCGUGCAGCGGCUGGAGUGGCUGCGGCAGCGCGGCGGGGAGCCGGGGGCGCGGGGGCCCUACCUCUCCGUGGACCCGGCCCCGCCCGCCGAGGAGCGGGACGUGGGGCGGCUGCGGGAGGCGCUGCUGGACGAGGCCCGGCCGCUCUUCGAGCGAUACCGAGCCAUGUUCGCCCUGCGCGACGCGGGCGGCGAGGAGGCUGCCCUGGCGCUGGCCGAGGGUGUCGGCCAUGCCAGGGCUGGCGGUCGAGGAGGGGAUGGAGGGCUGGAGCCCGGCCUCGCCACUCUACGAGGAGUACCGCCCGCCGCCGCUGGACAGCAUCCGCCUGCCCAGGUAUGUGCUGUACCUGCUGCUGGCUGCGCUCCUGGUGGUGGCCGUGGCCUAUGCCAUCGUCGGGCAUCUCAUCAAGGACCUCGCUCACGACCUGGCAGACUGGGCUUUCGGCCCGAAGCCGGACCAGGAGGAUGCGCCCCGGGAGCUGCCCGAGGGCCUCGAGGGCGAGGAUCUGGAAGAGCUGGACCUGCAGCUGGCGCUGGCCUGGCAGGGGAACGAGGAUGCCGGCGGGGGCGGCGAGGGGGCCCCCGCAGAAGCCCCCGCCCGGGCCCCCCACCGCCCCUCCAUCCCCUUCAAAGACCCACCGGUCCAAAGCUCCUUCUGGAAGCUGGGCUGAGCCGGGCCCUGCCCUCCCGCCCAGAAGCUGGUUCCAGUCCCUUUGGCGGUUUUGUCAACCAGACUUGUGCCCGUUUGGAGCCCUUUCACCCCUGAUCUGCGCUGUCUGGACAGAGAACAUUCUCUUUCGUGGCUGGAGGGCUCCAGUGGUUGGACACUGACUUAUUUCUGCUUCCUCCAUAGUCCCAGAGCCUAAGCCCGCCUGGCCUCCGCCAAGCCCUGGGCAACCUGUAAACCAAAAAACACUAAGAUUAAAAAUAAUAAUAAUAACGAUAGUAGUGGCCAACCCUCAGCUAGAGCUUCGAAUGUGCCUGCUGUUGUGGGCUAAACACCCCCUUUCCUUGUGUUAAUAUUAUCUCGUUAUAUCCCCCGAGGUAGGAUUUAUCACAGCCAUUUAUCAGAUGGGGAAACAGAGGCACGCAGCCCAGAAAUGACUCGGUCGGAGCAGAGAGAAC